AUGCUGACUGCCGAUGACAAGAAGCUGAUCCCCCAGACCUGGGAAAAGGUGGUCAGCCAAUGUGAUGACGCAGGAAAGGAUGCCCUGUACAGGAUGUUCGUGGCCUACCCCCAGACCAAGACCUACUUCCCCCACUUUGAUGUGGGCCCAGGCUCCGAGCAGGUCAAGGCACAUGGCAAGAAGGUGGUGGCUGCCCUGACCAAUGCCGUCAAGAACCUGGACAACCUUAGCCAGGCCCUGUCUGAGCUCAGCAACCUGCAUGCCUACAACCUGCGCGUCGACCCCGUCAACUUCAAGCUUCUGGCGCAGUGCAUCCAGGUGGUGCUAGCUGUGAACCUGGGCAAGGAAUACACCCCCGAGGUGCACUCUGCCUUCGACAAGUUCCUGUCCGCCGUGGCCGCCGUGCUGGCUGAGAAGUACAGAUGAGCUACUGCCCACGCCCUGGUGGCAUUAAUAAAGACUCCUUUGCCGCA